AAAGCAACCAUAUCGAGUACUUCUAAUCAUGGCCAACUAUAUAUCUCCAGGCCUCCUUCCUCGGUAGAUUUCUAAUUCCAAACACAUUUACCUUGAAAGGAGAUGAAAAAAAAGCGAGCUAUAAAGUCUCUCUCUGUAAUUACGGAUAGAGUCGUAACAGGGAGUUAUAAUUAAAAACUUCAAAAUCCAAUAAUGGAGAGAGACUAUGAUCCAGCAGCACAUGAAGCAGUCGCAGACCAGGAACCUCAAACUCCAAGGAAGAAGAAGAAUAAGAUGAAGAACAAGAGGAGAUUUAGCGAUCAGCAAAUCAGGUUACUUGAGUCCAUUUUCGAAUCAGAGACGAAGCUUGAACCAAGAAAGAAGUUGCAGCUGGCAAGAGAACUUGGGCUCCAGCCUCGCCAAGUUGCUAUAUGGUUUCAAAACAGAAGAGCUAGAUGGAAGUCAAAACAGAUAGAGCAAGAUUACAGAACACUCAGAGCUAAUUACGACAACUUAGCAUCAAGAUUUGAGUCCUUGAAGAAAGAGAAACAGUCCUUAGUUUUACAGAUGCAGAAGCUAAAUGAACUGCUGAAAGAACCACACGACGUUAAUAAGGCCAGUAAGGGUCUUGAUGGAAGUAGCACAGGUGGUGGCUCAGAAUAUGGAGUUACCAAGUGCGAGCCUGAAGGAGAACCGAAUCCAAGUUUUCAACAGGCAGGAUUGGAGGACAGGGGAUUCCUUGACUUGCAAAUUGAAAACGAUAGAGAUAUUAAGCAUGCAGGGCAGCCAGGAGAAGAAUUUCUGAGCAUGGAUGAAUAUAGGAAUGACUCCCCAGCAUCCCCUGAAAAAUUGUAUGGAUUUGAUUCGGCUGACAUGUUCGAUCAUUCAUGUAGCAAUUCGCAGUGGUUAAACUUUUGGACUUGAGGAGAGUACUAAACCUACAACAAAAUGUUUCCAUGUCUGUUUGAAUAUUAGUUGUCUUGUGCCAUUACAGACUUACAGUGGGCAAGAAUCAGGAAAGUGAAGUGGGGGCUGGGCUCCCAUACUGCCACUAGUACCAUCAAUCAAGCAACUAAAGCAAAAAGGCCUGGAAGGCAUAGAAAGUAACCACUGACAAUUGUUGGCAAGAUCUUCAGAACAAUUAAGAGUUGGUGGCUAUAAGUCCGAGUCUAUCACUCGUCUCCAUGAAUUUGCUAGAACAUGAGCUAGUAAAGAGUGCAAAGGGAUGCUAGGGGUUGUAACCAAUAGAUUUUUUCAUUUUCUUUUUUCUUUUUCGUUUUUGGUUAUGGUAAUAGAUCAACAUAUGAUACAGCACAUGUAGCUAUUGCUCCACAAUGGGGUAUAUAUAUGUUGUACUCUUUCUGAAACACAUAAUUUGAACCGCAUUAGCCCCUCAUUACGAAAAGGGCACAAAAAAUCCCAUGCAUCUGCAAUAUAUAUAGAUGGGGAGAGAUCAAAGACCCUUUUUCCAAUAAAACAACUGCUUUAGAAUUUGUUAUCACUGUAAACAUCCAAUUUGAUCCAGGUUCGGAUCAAUUGGA